UGUCCUCCCACUGCCCAGGAGUGGCUUUUCAAGGUUCUCCAUCUUGGAGGUUGGUGGAAGGGGCAGAUGGAAGAAGAGCCAGAGGGUAGGGGAAGUCAGCUAAAACACCUUUUCCACAGAGGAAGAAGGCCCUGAAGCAUAAAGGCCCCAGGGGUGGAGACAGGAGCAGGGGGGAGAGGCUGUUGCCUGGCUGCCCUCCCCCAGACACACACAUCCUAUGGAGAGUGGGUCUCACCACUGCCUCCUUUCCUGCCCUUAAUUAGCAGCUCCCCCUAUGCAUUGUCCCAUGCCAGCCCCCAGGCAAGACCUCUUUUGUGCUCCCAGAUUCCUAGGAGCAAGGUGGCCUCAUUAGUGCCCGGAGACCGCCCCAUCUCCAGGGAGCAGGCAGACAGACAAGGCGAGGGACCAGGGGCACAGAGAUCCAACUCAAGACUCUGAUCGCCUUGGCGGUCAUUCCUGGGGCCCAGCCUGGAGACGGCACUCCUGCGGAAGGCUAAUCUUAGAUUUUCCUUUGUCUGUUCCCGGAGUAGAUGCAAGCAAGCACCCAUCUCUCCCCCCCUUCCCGCCUACCUCCUCUGAGCACUAUAAACCCCAGGCUCCUGCUAGUGGGUUGCAGUUGACAGCCUCAAAGUUCCUGGCUAUUCGGACCACUGCAGACGACACCUUUCCCGGCUACCCUACUCUGAGCUCCAGACACCAUGAAUCCUUCCUCUACAAAGGUCUCCUGGGCCACCGUGACGCUGCUGCUCCUGCUACUGCUGCUGCCGCCCGCGCUGCUGUCACCCGGGGCGGCCGCGCAGCCCCUGCCCGACUGCUGCCGUCAGAAGACUUGCUCCUGCCGCCUCUACGAACUGCUGCACGGCGCCGGCAAUCACGCGGCCGGCAUCCUCACGCUGGGCAAGCGGCGGCCCGGGCCCCCGGGCCUCCAGGGCCGGCUGCAGCGCCUCCUGCAGGCCAGCGGCAACCACGCGGCCGGCAUCCUGACCAUGGGCCGCCGCGCAGGCGCAGAGCCAGCGCUGCGCCCCUGCUCCGGCCGCCGGUGUCCCUCUGAGGCCGCCUCGUCCGUGGCACCUGGGGGACGGUCCGGGGUCUGAGCUCUCGCUCGGGUCCAGUCCUGGCCCUACCCUGGCCCCUCCCUCACCCCCGCAGGGGUAAAAAUAAAGAAGUGUCAGCUC